AUGAAAAGAGAUAUAAAGGCAUAUAUCAACAAUUACCUUACUUGCUUACAGUGCAAAUCUUUUUCACUAUCCCCAGCGGGACUUCUGCAGCCACUGCCUACACCUACCCAAAUAUGGGAAAACCUUUCAAUGGAUUUUAUUGAAAGCUUACCGAAAUCAUAUGGGUCGAAUGCCAUAUUAGUAGUAGUGAAUAGAUUAAGCAAGUACAGUCAUUUCAUUGCCCUAUAUCAUCCAUUCUCAGCCAAGGAGGUCACUCAAUUAUUCAUCAAGGAAAUCGUAAGGCUCUAUGAGUUUCUAAAGACAAUGGUCUCCGAUACAGGACGAAUAUUCUUAACUGCAUUUUGGUGUGAACGACACACACUAUAGGGAACUCUACUCAAAUUUAGCUCCUCUUACCACCCUCAAAUAGAUGGACAGACUGAAGUCAUCAACAGGUGCUUAGAAAAUUACUUGAGAUGUACAGUAUUUGAUAAAUCGAAGUAAUGGAAAUUAUGACCUCAUUGGACAGAAUAUACUUACAAUGCUUCCUAUCAUUCUUCCACUAAAAUGACUCUUUUCGAACAGUAUAUAGUAGAGACCCACCAAAACUUAUCAAAUAUGGAACAUCCCCUUUACCACUUGAUGCCAUCGAUCAACUAAUCAUGGAACGAGAUAUUAUCCUUAAGAUUCUGAAAUUCAACUUGCACAAGACACAAGUAAGUAUGAAAUCUAAUACAGAUAAGCAUUGCCGAGAAGUGGAAUUAGAGGUGGGUGAUUUGGUCUUCCUCAAGAUCAAACCAUAUCAGAUGAAAUCUCUGGCAAAAAAGAAAAACGAGAAGUUAAACCCUCGCUAUUUUGGUCUGUAUCUUAUUAUGGAAAGAAUUGGACCAAUGGCAUAUAAACUCCAAUUGCCCGACCAUUCAGCUAUUCAUCUGGUAUUCCAUAUAUCCCAGCUCAGGAAGAAACUAAGAACAGACAACAGAAGUUAA